AUGGCAGAUAUUUUAGAUUUCCGUCGGGAUUUAUCUCGGCAGGUGGAGGCCAUUAGACUUGAUGAGAAUACGGCCUACAAGAAAGCUGUUCAUCGCACGGUCUUCCAUGAGCUUCUAGACAGCAAACUUCCCCCAGCGGAGCUGCAGCGGGAUCGGCUGCGUGAUGAAGCGUUUAGCUUAGUGACAGCAGGCUCUGGGAGGCCUAUGUGUUGCGUGGCACGGCAUAUCAUAUUGCCGCCAACCCCUCUGUGCGACAGCGGCUACAUGACGAACUCGUGGCCACCAUUUCAGAUCCCCAGCAGUUUCCCACCCUGGGCCACACUUGAGCAACUGCCCUACCUGAUAGCCGUGGUACAAGAGGGAUUACGUCUAUGUGACCUUGUUACCCACUGGAUCAGCCGCCAAUUCCCCGACCAGCCGCUUCAGUGCCGCGGAAUCUUCAUGCCCGCCAACACGACCGUGGGAAUGACAGCCAUGUUCACCCAUCUCAACGAGACAAUCUCCCCCGAGCCUCGCGUUUUCCGGCCCGAGCGUUGGUUGGGACCCGACGGUAAGCGACUGGAACGAUACUUAGUGCCCUUUAAUCGGGGUACGCGCUCUUGUCUGGGCAUGAAUCUCGCCCGUGCAGAGCUCGUUUUGAUUCUCGCAGCAGUCUUCCAUAAAUACGCUAAAUCAGUUUGA